UGCCGACCCCCGACGAUGCCAGCAGACCUCAGCGGCACCUGGAACCUUCUCAGCAGCGACAACUUCGAGGGCUACAUGCUGGCCCUGGGUACUGACUUUGCAACUCGUAAGAUCGCCAAGCUGCUGAAGCCACAGAAGGUGAUUGAACAAAAUGGGGAUUCCUUCACCAUCCACACGCACAGCGGCCUAAGGAACUAUGUCGUUAAGUUCAAAGUUGGAGAAGAAUUUGAGGAAGAUAACAAAGGCCUGGAUAACAGAAGAUGCAUGAGCUUGGUUACCUGGGAGAAUGACAGACUCACUUGUGUACAGAAAGGGGAGAAGAAGAACAGAGGUUGGAGCCACUGGAUUGAAGGGGGCCAGCUCCACCUGGAAAUGUUCUGUGAAGGCCAGGUGUGCAAACAAACAUUCCAGAGAGCCUGAUCCGGAUCCAGCAGCAGAGCCCUCUAGAGGCUACUGUUCAGUGCUGAAUUGCCUUGCAGAAGGAACCGGUGUUUAUCUGUCUUGCUGAGACAAAGGGCCUUGUGACUGGAAAGAUGUCACCCAGCCUGUACUAGAAGCUAUGUGGCUACAGGACAACUUCAGCUGCAAUAAACCUGUCCAAGGGA